CUCCCCGCCCCGAACCCUGAGAGGCCGGGCUGAGGGGCGACAGCGGUCUUUUCCAGGCCUUUGAGGGUAGUAUAGGUUCGGUUCCGAGCCUUCGGAGGGCGCUCGGGCCGGGUCUGGGGGGGGCGGGGAGGGACCCGAGCUAGCGGCCCCGCCCCCUUCUGCCCGCCCUCGGCUGGCGCGGGUUAGCCCGCCCCCCGUGCGGUCCAGGGGCCGCGUCCCCGCGCACCUCGGCAGCCGGGGCCAGAGCUCUUGCCCGCAGGUGUCGUCGGCGGUGGCCCCACGGCGCAGUCCGGCUUGGCCUCAUGGUGGGCUUCGGUGCCAACCGGCGAGGCGGCCGCCUGCCCUCCUUCGUGCUGGUGGUGCUCCUCGUGGUGAUCGUCGUCCUCGCUUUUAACUACUGGAGCAUCUCUUCCCGCCACGUCCUGCUCCAGGAGGAGGUGGCUGAGCUGCAGGCCCAGGUCCAGCGCACUGAGGUGGCCCGCGGGCGUCUGGAGAAGCGCAACUCAGAUCUUUUGCUUCUGGUGGACACCCACAAGAAACAGAUCGACCAGAAGGAGGCCGACUACGACCGCCUUAGUAGCCGGCUGCAGGCUAGGGAGGGCCUGGGAAAGAGGUGCGAGGAUGACAAGGUUAAGCUACAGAACAACAUAUCAUAUCAGAUGGCAGACAUACAUCAUUUAAAGGAGCAACUUGCUGAGCUUCGCCAGGAAUUUCUUCGACAAGAAGACCAGCUUCAGGACUAUAGAAAGAACAACACUUACCUUGUGAAGAGGUUAGAAUACGAAAGCUUUCAGUGUGGACAGCAGAUCAAGGAAUUAAGAGCACAACAUGAAGAAAAUAUUAAAAAGUUAGCAGAUCAGUUUUUGCAAGAACAAAAGCAAGAAGCCCACAAGGUUCAAUCAAAUGAUGGAAACGAAUUGGAUGUAAAUGAUCAUGUAGUACCUAAAAAUAUUCCAAAAGUAGAUGAGAAUACUGCAGAUAAGAAUGAAGAACCCUCAAACAAUCAUAUUCCACGUGGGAAAGAGCAAAUCAAACGAGAUGGUGAUGCAGGGAUGCCUGGAGUAGAAGAAAAUGACCUAGCUAAAGUUGAUGAUCUUCCUACCUCGUUAAGGAAGCCCCCUGUUUUAGUUUCUGAACAUGAAAAUCAUCAGACAAUCUCCCAUCUUCCAACUGGACACCCUCUCUCCCCAAAUAUGGCUCCAGAUUCACAUGUAAACCACAAUGGUAACCUGGGUACUUCAAAACAGAACCCUUCCAAUCCUCUUCAGCUUUUAAAUCCCGGCUCAAACUUGGAGAAUGAACCCAGAAUUCAAACAGAUACACUAAAGCAAGCCACCAAGGAUAGAGUCGGUGACUUCCACAAAUUGAAGCAAAGCCGGUUCUUUGAUGAAAAUGAAUCCCCUGUUGAUCCGCAGCAUGGCUCUAAACUGGCGGAUUAUAAUGGGGAUGAUGGUAACGUAGGUGAGUAUGAGGCAGACAAGCAGGCUGAGCUGGCUUACAAUGAGGAAGAAGAUGGUGAUGGUGGAGAGGAAGACGUCCAAGAUGAUGAAGAACGAGAGCUUCAGAUGGACCCUGCAGACUAUGGAAAGCAGCGUUUCAAUGAUGUCCUCUAAAUCCUAAAGGAAAACUUCACAAAACCUAAAGUGCUGUAAAAUGGAAUCAUUUCUACUGUGUCAUUUUUUAACUUUUGUUGUAAAGAUCUGUUAUAUCAGUUGUAAAGAUACCUUGAGGUAGAUUUAAGGAAAAAUUUUAAUGCAGGAAUGUACUCAUGUACAUAUGUGAACUGUUCAUAUUGUAUUAUCAAAGCAGAGACUUUUUUGGUUAUAAUACGGUUGAGCCAAAAAGAUAAUCUUUGCAUUUAAAGCAAACUAAUGUAUAUUUCACAUUUUAUUAAGCUUAAUUUUCUCCACAAAUGGAAAACAGAACAUCAUUGUACAGGUUACAUGUUGCACAUACCAUAACCACAAUGAGAAGUUACUCAGCUGAAAAGGUGUUUUUUUUAAAGGUUUUAUACACUAAUAUAUGCUUGUUAGCCUAACAGGUGUUCUGUUCUGUUCCCUUCCUUUUAUGCUCUUCAAGGAGUUAUGCCUAGAAUAGCUACAUAAAUGAAGGGAAACUGGAUGCCAAACACUUUACAACAAGUGUGCAAAAUCACCUUACUGCUCCUUUUACUUUACGUACGUGCUGAUAUGUUUUGGCAGAUUAGCUUUCAGUUGAGGACUCAUGGAAUUUAAGAUAACCUUCAAAGACACAAAUACUUAUCACUUACUCUUACUUAGCUUGAAAUUGUUGAAUGCAUUUUCAGUUUUUUCCCAUAAUACCAGUACUUUUCAAUCAUAGUCAGCACUGACUAAAGUUUUAUUUUCACAGUUUGCAUUGUAAAGAUAUUCAUGAUUUAAAUGCCAGGUCCUGAAGAGGGCUAAAUCUACUUUGAAAUGAAUCUGCAAUCCAUAUUUCAAAGCCUUCCUGUAGUGUUAGUGAUUUUCAUUGACUAGAUUUUUUUCAGAAAUACUACAUAAGGAAUUUUAACAAGUUUUUAUUAAUGCAAAAAUAAGGAUAGAAGUACAAUGAGGUCUAUAGCUGUUUUAUAAAAAUAGCUUAAAGUUUGUAAUAAAAAGGAAUCCUUGUAAUUACUUACUGUGUUAGUUAAGUACCACCAACCUCAUAUUUGUUAGACUUAAAAAAUUAUUUUAAAUAUAUUUUGUCAUUUUUGACACUAUUCAGUAGAAUGUGUAAGGAACUUAUAUGACAAGCUAAUCCUUUUUUUCUGAUUAAAGCACUUUUACAUCUUACCCCUUGUCUUAAAAACAAAAGGUUGGAUUAUGAAAGAAAUUUAAGGUUGUUAAUCCUGUUUUUCAGAAGCACUAUUGUUAAUUCACUAUAAAUAUGAAAUACUGAGCUAGAAGUAUCGCUGAGUAUAGAGCGCUUCCCUAGUUGGCCCUCAGUACCACAAAACAGACAGACUAACAUGAAAUCCCCCUGCCUCUCACCCCCAGGUUCCAGUUAUAAUUGAAACUUAAAGAAAUAGACUGUUCAUUCGUUAAAAUGCAAAAAUUUUUUUACUUCAGUCUGAAGUUAUUUAAUGACCAGAAAAAGAUGCAGUUAUUGAGUACAAUUUUUUUCUACCAUAUAAAGUAAAUAAUGUAUGCCUUUAUUAUCAGUAGGAUGGGCCUACAAUUAAUAGGUAUUAACAGUUCACGGAGUUUUUAAAUGGAGUUAAGGGAAGUGAUAUAUAUCCUUUGGGAAUUAGCAUGGGAAGAUAAAUCUAAAAAUAUUCCUAGUAAUAUUUCAUAUUUAAUAUUCUAAAACUUUUACAAAUGAAAACCAUAAAAUUAUCUGCCUUAGUUCGUUUGACAUCAAAAGUGAUCACUUGAUUAUAUAGCAGCUGUUACUUACACAGCAAAAUUUCUUCAGUUAGCAGCUGAGGCAUUUUAAAGACUAAGAAAUUUUGGAUCAAUGGAUAAUAUUUCUGACUGUAUUAACACAAUUUAGUGCUAUAAAAUACUAUGUGACACUGUUAAAAAUAAGACAUUCAGGGGCUGGGGAUUUAACUCAGCGGCAUAAGCGCCUGCCUUACAAGCAGGCUGUCGUGAGGUUUGAUCCCCGGUACCGAUAAAAAGGAAAAAGACAAAAAAUAAAUAAAUAAAUAAGACAGUCUACAAACUAUAGUCGACAUUCUGUUUUUAUAAUGUUUUACUUCUGCCUUAAGAUUUAGGUUUUUAAAAUGUAUUUUUGCCCUGAAUUAAGUGUUAAUUUGAUGGGAACUCUGCUUUCAAAAUCAUCACUUACUGGGUUCUAAUAAAUUAAAAGUUAAACGUA